UGCAAAACUGAUAGGUAGCAGAUUGUCCGGAAUUUCAUUCAAUGUAUUUCGCUGUUCAACAUUGGCUUUUUGUUGUUAAUUAAGUGUGAAAGGAAUAUAUUUAGGCAACCAAAUAAUCCACAAAUCAGACAACUCAACAAUUGACAAAGUGAGUUCUUCUGGGUAGCGUGAUAUUGAAAAGCGGUGGCGAAUCUGUUGAUUUCAACGAGAAAGACAUUCUUCAGGGUUAUACAUUUAUCGAUUAUAAAGCCGGCGCUCAGCGACGAACGAAGACAGGAGAUAAGCUAUUAAUAAUUUUAAAACGUCAGACUCGGAGAUAACCAUAUUUUCAGAAAUUGUGCGGAGCGCGCAAAUGGAGGAAAGUCAUCACAUUGGUUCCCACCAUGACCAUCAUGUUCAUUUCGACGCAACUGUGAUAAAUGAUGAGCUUCAUGAUAACACAAUUAUCUACAAAGUGUCACCAGGCGGUGAUUCGAUUAUGGUGCAUUUAGGCUUUUUACAGAUAAAGCACAGAUAUCGAAUUGAAUUGAAAAUUCCGGCAUAUAUUCUACAAGAGAAGAACUUGGAAGUCGAAACGAAUACCAAUCCAAAAGUUGACGAUUGCAAACAUCCAAAUAUUAAUUGCAGAAUGCUUGAAUUUUCUACUGAAGCAAUCCCCGAUAAAGAUGGAAAGAAGUAUUACGAUGUCAAAGUAGAACUUUUUGCUCAUAAGGAAAAACUUUUGAGAGAGAUGAUUUUAGUGGAUGGGAGCGAAAAUUCGAGUUUAAAAUUCAAACUGAUGUUGGUAGCAAGAGUUCUCGGACGCGGUAAAGGUACGCCUAUGCUAAGAGACGGAAUACAUCUGAUCGGCGUGGAAAAUGAUGAAGAUUCCGAGCUCUCUGAUUGGCAGGGUUUCGCCAAAAAUGAAUAAUAAGUCGUCAGUAGUAGCUACAUAUUCGUGUUAAAGGCUGCGUAUUAUUUGUUCCAAUAACUGCAUUAAAAAAAAUCUGCCGAGUUUUAAUGAUAAAACUUUAUACAAUUAACUAAAUGUCAACGAUUUCAUACAAAUAAACGACGUUCAUUAAAACUAUGAAAUUCAAAGGAACACAAUUAAUCGUUAGUAGUGAUUUAUUUUACACGUUGAAGUUUGCAUAUUUGUUCUAAUUACAAGACAA